UGCGUCCAGGUCCAUCUUACGCGGUAUUAUUUGCUUCCGCAAACAAACAUGGGAUCGUCAGCUUUUGGAAGAUGAGCGACAAAUGGACUCAAAAACAUCACAUUUUGAUCACGAGUUGAUUUAGAGUUCGGUCGUAACUCGAUGACUAUGGAGCGAGUAGGGCCUGGGGUUUACCGGCGGCUGCCGCGCCGCAAUGGCGGUGCGCCCAAAACCCUCGAUCGAAUUGAACCGCUGGAGUCUAUAAAAGCCGGAGGGUCAUGUGGAGCGGGACUCGAAGAGAAAGGGGAGUCGCAAAAGACAAGAUGGCGAAUCCGAUGGGCAGGAUCCUCCUGGGCUCUCUUCUUCGGCGUUCUUCUCGCAGUUGCCGAACCAUUUCUGCUGCUUCUCUCUUCUCUUCUGCUGCUGCUUCUUCACAAGCCUUGCCAUCUGCGAGAAGCCUCUCUCCCUCAGCUAGCAACUUCCGUAGCUCCUUCCUCUUUCUUCUGGGCAACGCCCAUCUCUCCUCAAGAGCCAGCUCGUGCCUGUUUCCUUCUUACCUUCGCCGUCUGCUUUUGAGCACCAAGACCUCUUCCUCUGACGAUAAUGAGGAUGUUGACGAGGCCCCACUUCCUGAUGAAGUGGAAGAAGAUGGAGAACUUACUGAUGAGUGGGAAGAGGAGGAGGAGGCUGAGCCAAAGCUUGGUGACGGAGCCGAUGGUGGUGGAAUUGUCUUGCAAAAUGUACCAUGGGGAGAGCAUACUCUUUCUAUUGCCCGAGAGGUGUUGUCACAUUAUGGUGAUGACAUGAAGCUCUAUGCCUUCAAGACUACUCCUCGUGGAUAUAUCUAUGUGAGAAUUGACAAAAUGUCUAACAAAUAUGGAUGUCCCAGCAUGGAGGAUAUUGAAAGCUUUAGUCAGGAAUACAAGAAGAGACUAGAUGAAGAUGGGGCACUUGGCAAAAUUCCUGACAAUUUGGCUCUGGAGGUAUCGUCUCCUGGGGCAGAAAGAUUACUGAAGGUGCCUGAUGAUUUGUAUCGGUUCAGUGAUAUGCCGAUGAAUGUAUGCUAUGUCGAAGAUGAGGAGCCUCAUUGCCAAGAAAAGCAUGGAGUUUUCUUCCUGGACUCUGUUGAAACAGAUGCAGAAACUUGUAUAUGGAGGUUGGCUGAUGUCAAGGAAAACCGGGACCCGCAGAGCAAAGGUAGACCUUUAAGCCGCAAGCAGAAGGACUGGAGAUUAAAACUUCCAUAUGCAAUGAACAGAACAGUGACCCUUUAUCUUGAUUUCUGAUUUUGACAGCAGCCUAGACAUUUUCUUCUUGGAUAAUCUGAGUAAGUUUGCUACCUUUCCUGGAACAUGUUGAGGAUGAAACAUUCUACACUCUUUUGGUUGUCCCAUCUCUUUCUAGUAGAAGAUAUCGUGAAAAGAAAUAUGUUGUGGGAAAUUCUUGGCUUGAACCCUCCGAAAAUUGGAGUAUGAAACUAAUGGAAACCAUGAUAGAGGCUUGUGAAAUUUGUAUAUUUACGAUUCGUCGACUGGAUCGUAAAUUGACAUCUGUUGUUUCGUAAAUUGAUUUUUGUUUUCCUUUUCUUCUCUUACAUUCC